AUGGAGGCUGAAAAGACUGCGCGUCAUUUAAAAUUCGUCAGCAAUCUGACUGGAGGUACAAUUUUGGAAUUAACUUGUCUGCUGACUAUACCAUGCGCCCUCGGAUACUCACGUGUUCUCAUCGACCAUCUCUAUCCAAGAGUGACUUCCAAGAUACCGCCCCUCAUACGGGACUUUCUGCUGAUCAUUGCAGUCUUCGUUCUGCCUGUUACAUUACUCUCCGACUACAUCUUUGAGGUGACGGUGAUUGCUUGUACAACCGCAAUCCUUCUUUUUUAUCAUUCACGAAAUGGGAAGUUUCCCCCACCUCUUCCUGAGCCUCUCUACGCUUGGCGGCGAGUCCUUCGCGCCUAUAUCCUACUUUACACCUGCGUUUGCAUCUAUGCGGUGGACUUCCCACUGUUUCCGCGCCGUCUGGCCAAGACAGAGGCCCAUGGUGUCUCGCUGAUGGACGUAGGUGUGGGUCUGAUCUCAGUUUCCUGCGGCAUCGCUAAUGUGCCCUUCGUGUACUUCUGCCGCACUUCUGCCCGCUCUUACGCCUCCAUGUCAUCCGUGCUCAUGUCGACGGUCAUUCUAGUUCUCAUGGGGGCUUCACGCACUGUGGUAGUCAAACUACUGGGUUAUCCGGACCACGUGACAGAGUACGGUGUGCACUGGAAUUUCUUUAUCACCAUGGCUGCUCUGCGUGUAAGCAGCAGCCUGCUCAGCGAAGAAUCACGUCGGACUUCUCUGCUGCUUGCGAACGCCGAGGGUCUUGUCUCCUUGCCGGGCUACUUUGCCCUCUACCUCUGGGGCAUGCUGUUAGGCUUCUUGGUUGAUGUUCAUUUGGCGGAAGGUGUCAGCUCUGUCAAAUACAAGUUUUUGGCUGUGCAGGAGGAAGAAUCAUGGUUAGUUUAUGCCUCUCAACAUCCAGCUACUUUACAUUUUGAAAAAAAUUGCUAUCAUUGA